AUGCUUUUGUUAGUCGCAAUUUGGUUAAUUACAUGUUUGGUUGUUCCACCGUUGCAUGGAAAUACAUGUGUGUGUGAUAUUAGGCCCAUGAUUUGUGAAAAGUUUUGUCAAUGCGAUCCCGGUUGUUCCAUUGAAGAUUGGAAGUCUUUUAAUAACUCUCAUUCAAAGGAAAAGGGAAGAUGGUGUAUCCCAAAGGUGCUCUACUUUUCAUCAUCAACUACUUAUAUAAAAAGUCAAGAGAAUGAAAACCUGUGUUUUUCUGAUGAUGCUUUUGUGAAACAAAAUUUCUUCAAUGCAAAAUAUGACACGUCGAAAUUACAGUGGAAGUCUAUUUACACAAAUACUUUGAACUUUUGGAAUGCUUGCACUGAAACUAGCCUAUGCGUGCUUUAUAAAAGCAAUAUGCUUGGACGUUUUACUAUUCCUAGUGAUCAGGGAUGUCUGAUAUCAGCCAGUCCAAGAUUCUUAAGUAAUACAACAACGAAAUGCAAUCGAAUGUUAAAUUUAACAGAUGGUGGUACAAGCUGUGCACAACUGCCGAAUAUUUUAACCUAUACCGAUCAAUUACAAUUCAUUCGACUACCUAUAUCAAAGUUUACUGAAAGUGGAGUUUAUAAUAUCGAAGCUAUUACAGCGAGUCAGAGUAUAAAAUCAAUUGUUUCAAUAACUUGUAAAGACUCCAAUGAUUCUAUAAUCUCCUGUCAAAAAUCUUUACCGGUUUUUGAUACAAACACACGUACAUGUAAAAAUGUCAUAACUGGCGUCACAUAUAAAUUUGCAUAUAAUGAAAAUGGUUUAACAGAGGCCUCCGUAGAAUUUAAAUUUUCAAAUGUAGUGACUGAAGUAUUCGACGAAUCAUACACUGUCCAGUUUGUUGAAGGAAACAAUGUGAUUAAUCAAAGUGCUUUAGUUCAACCAUUAUUCACUGAUUAUCGUAGUGGAUCUCCAGGUUAUCUAAAGAAUUAUCCAAUUCGAGCGGCUUAUGCACAAACUGAUACUUCGAAAUCUCAAAUAAUUAUGUCAACCUAUCCGUCGAAUCCUUCAAUUUAUCCUAAUCUGAAUAAUGAAAUUAAUUUUGGUUGGUGGCCAAUACCAAACUCUGGUGAUUGUGAAGAACAGCCAAAGUUGACAGGUCGAAUUAAAACAAUAUUAUUCGGACAGGAUACGUAUAGUUCAUGUGUACUUAGAUUAAAAUCAUUUGUUGGAAAUCCUAUAAACUGUACAACUCUUGAAACACAGAUCAAAUCAAUAUUAAAUUAUGGUCAAACACCGAUUACUCAUGUCGGAGUUUGGGAAGCCAACAAUAUCAAUUUAAUUAAUGGAACAAAAUCAUGGGCAUGUCAAAAUGUUAUAACCGGUCAGACGAUACAUAUUUUUUAUGCUAGAAAAGGUGCGUUAUAUAGUUUACAGAACAGUAUUAUUUCAGUACAAAGAAUAUACAAACGAGGAACUAUCUCGUACAUAUGUCAAGGUUAUUCGUGUGUAGAUGUGAAUAGGAAUCCGGAACAACAAUUUUUCCUUACUACAAAUAUCAGAUUUUUUGAUAUAACUUCAAAAUGA